AGUCGAUGGGUGGUCAUCAUGGCAGAGCCGCUAUUUGAACAUAAUUAAUGAUUAACAAUGAUUUUUUAUUCAAAUUUUUCGAGGGUAUUUCGUUUGAAUAAAUUUCUUCAAAGUCAAAGAGAGAAAUGGCGAAGAAAAGGAUACAUAGUUCCGAUACAAUAUCAACGAUCGAUAACAAGAAGCAUUAACCAUUUUGAGAGUUCAAAAGGAACAGUUAAGGCUAUUUUUAUUCUGUCUUACAAGCCUCAGUAUCGAAGGCAAAUUUAUGAACACAAUUUAUUGGUAAAGGACACGGAAUGCGGAAGUUUCUUUAAUAUCAUUUUAAUUGUGGCAAGAAUUUUCAUAAUAAGUUCUGUCCUUACUGGAUUGGCUGUUGUAUAUUUUAUUACACGUUUUACGCAGAGACACAUGUUUCCGAUAAUCCUUCGGAAAAGUAUCGAAUUUCUCGGGCCAAUUUUUAUAAAAUUUGGCCAGUGGGCAUCUACACGAAAAGAUUUAUUUCCUAAAGAUGUUUGUCAUACGCUAUCGCAAUUACAACAAAGCACUUCAGCACAUUCUUGGAUUUAUACAAAGCAAUUGCUCAAAGCUGUAUACGGUUCGAAUUGGAGAAAUAUAUUUGUAAAAUUUGAACACGAGAUACCCAUUGGAUCAGGAUGUUGUGCUCAAGUGUACAAGGCAUGGGUGGAUCUGAAUGCCCCAGUGGACAUAACAAGAAUACCUCGGAUAUCUGCAUUUAUUCAAAUUAUGGAAUAUUUAAGAUUCGGGUCGUUGAUCGCUCUCAUUGAGAGAACAUUGAACGACAAAAUUGAUGAAGUUCCAAACAAUAAUGCGUAUAUUACACGAAAAUUGCAACCAGUAGCUGUAAAAAUUCUACAUCCUGGAAUUAAAGGGCAACUAAGAAGAGAUCUUUCUAUAAUGAGAGGAAUUUGUAAAUACGCGACAUACGUCAUGCCCAAAUUGCAAUGGCUCAGUCUUACCGACUGCAUCGAUGAAUUUUCCCAAAUAAUGGAAAAUCAAGUUGAUAUGAACUUGGAAGCAGCGAAUUUAAUUCAAUUCGCAAACAAUUUCUCCACGAGGAAGGAUGUUGUAUUUCCGCGGCCUUACACGAAUUUUACUCAACGCGAAGUACUCGUGGAAAGUUUUCAUGAAGGUUCUUCUAUUUCCGUUUAUCUCAAUGGUCACCAUACCAAGUUGCAAGAAAAACUGGCAAAGAUAGGGAUUAAAACAAUCUUAAAGAUGGUUGGCAAUAACGCAGCCUGUUUACAUUAUCGGUACGAUGUUGAUGUAUCUUUUAAUUACAAUUAAUUAUCGGGAAAAUGACAGGUAUUUAAUGACAACUUCAUUCACUGUGACAUGCAUCCGGGCAAUAUCUUGGUACAAACAAAUUACGAACCAACUGGAAGAAUUAGCGCCUGGUUUUGGAAACUUAUCAAUCAUGAUUACUUACCGGUUUAUCCACGCUUAGUCAUACUCGAUUGUGGCUUAGUAGUGUCUCUGAACGAUCGUUGCCGACAAAAUCUUGUGGAUGUUUUUCGUUCAGUGCUUAUGGGAAAUGGUGAAUUGGCGGCGGAAUAUAUCCUGGAACAUAGUUCGUGCGUAUCCCCUGACCCAGAUGGUUUCAAGAGAACAAUGAAAGACAUCGUAAACUCGCAUCUUCAAAGCAGAACUAAUGUGAACGUAAGCACCGUUGUGACUGAAUUGUUUUCCGCGAUGGUUCAGCAUCGUGUGAAGCAAGACGGAACCUUCAGCAGCGUGAUUCUCAGUAUGGUAGUGAUCGAAGGCCUCGGUCGCAGUCUGGAUCCGAAUAUCGAUAUCUUCACAGAAGUUAUACCGUUUGUUUUUACAACGACAAUGUACAAUGAUUAA